AUGGAGUCUUUGGACGGCACAGAUUGGGACGUCCUCAUAGUGGGGACGGGCUUGUCCCAGUCUCUUCUCGCAACAGCAUUGUCUCGCUCAGGGAAGAAAAUUCUGCACAUUGACAAGAACGACUACUAUGGCGGCAGCGAGGCUGCCUUCAGUCUUCAAGAGGCUGAGGGCUGGUCCAGAAGUGUAGCAAAAGAUGGUUCAUCAUCCACUACCUUCGCAAAUGUAUCCAUCCAUCAACCGGAAGGGUCUGAGACGGACUUGACCAAGCUGUUAUCCUCUCGUGCAUACAGCCUGUCGUUGUCGCCCCAACUGAUCUACACCCGAUCGCGUAUUCUCCCAAUCCUCGUGUCCUCCAAAGUCCAUCGACAGCUUGAAUUCCUUGCUGUUGGGGCUUGGUGGGUCUAUACGCCUGGAAACAGCGCAGAAAAACUCUCUGGAAACUCCUCGCAGAGUCGAUCGGGAACUGCUGUUGGCCACGGAGCAUUGAACAAGGUGCCCAGUGGACGAGAGGACAUAUUCGCCGCUCAAGAUUUAGACAUGAAGGCCAAGCGGUCUCUCAUAAAGUUCUUGAGAUUUAUCGGCGAGUAUGAAGAGCAAGGUGAAGUGUGGGAAGCACACAGCCAGGCGCCAUUCUCGACAUUCCUCUCCGAGCAAUUCAGGAUUCCCGUUGCAUUGCACGCAUCGCUUCUGGCUCUGACCCUAUCAUCAUUGGAUGCUGACCACACAACCACAGAAUUUGCUCUCCCUCGAAUUGCGAGGCAUCUUCGAUCUAUCGGAAGUCUUGGGCCUGGGUUCGGCUCUGUCAUACCGAAAUGGGGAGGCCUCUCUGAAGUCUGUCAGGUUGGAUGUCGUGCUGGAGCCGUAGGAGGCGCAGUGUAUGUGCUCGGCAAUGGUCUUGCAGGACCUGUGAUUGACGAACACCCAUCUGAUGGUGCGACUACCGAAACAGCAACAUCUUCAGAUCACCUUAUGGUUGUACUCAAAGAUGGCGAGUCCGUAAAGACACGUUGGAUUGCAGGCUCCAGAACCCCACAACCGACCGAACCUCAAAUAUGUUCUAAAUCUAUCACGAUCGUAUCUUCCUCGAUUGAGGCACUAUUCCCUCCCAUAGCUGAAGGAGCCCCCAAACCAGCCGGCGCCGUCGUGUUCUUCCCGUCUGGAAGUCUUGUUCCACCAGAUGAGGAGGAUGCAGCGCCAACACUCUCCUCUGUCUAUGUGUUUGUACACUCAAGCGACACUGGGGAGUGUCCAGCCAACCAAAGUAUUCUGUAUGCGAGUGUCGCGUUGGCCGGUGACAAGGCCGUCAAUCUACUCGACAAAGCCGUCCAAUCUUUACUGAGUAGUGUCAACGCGCAGCCACAGCCUGCAAUCUUGUGGUCGCUCCGAUACGAGCAGCGUUCUCAGCUUACGCAGCGUUCUCAGCUUACACAGCGCCAAGAGAAUCUCGCUUCUACACGUACCGCAUCGCUCGAUCAGCAGAUCCUCGUCUUUCCACCCACAUCCCUCGAUCUUGCCUUUGACGACUCCGUCCUUGACCAGGUGAAGGGAGUCUGGCGAACUAUCGUAGGCGACGAGGGCGGAGACUUCAUGGUGUUCGAGGAUCGCGAAGGGGCGGGUGCUGAUGAUGAGGGGGGUGAGCUAUGA